AUGGUCGACUACGGCGCCACCAACUCCUCUGACGUCCCUCCCGAGCCCUACGACCAGUCUUCUUCGGACAACAAGAAGACCACGGACCAGGGCGAGAAGGAUCCGGGAAAUGUGGCGAGAGGAUUGAAGGCUGCUAUUAGCAACCCUGGUGUGUCUGAGGAGGCGAAGAAGAACGCGAAGAAGAAGCUGGAGGGGUUGCAGUAA